CGACGGCCGGGGCUCGGCGGCGGGCCGGGCAGGGCGCGCGCCGGGAGAGGAGGAUGCGCCCCGCGGAUUUGCCAGUUCCUGUAUGCCGAUGGGAAUCGUGUUCUGGCUCCUUGUCAGUGCUAUAGGAGAAGCUGAUGCUCUGAACAGUGAGCCCAGGGGACGAGAGUGUGGAUUGCCUCCUGCCUUGCCUCUUCUCCCAGCCGCCUGCAGUGAGCUCUCACGUGCCAGAGGACGAGGGUGGAGGAGAGCAGCCACGUGAAGCUGGGGUGGUGGGGGUGAGCCAGAGGGUAUUCCACUGGUGGGCUGUCACAACUGAGGAUCCCCACCACCCUGCAGCAGAGACAACUGGCUCCUGCCAGGUAAAUGCCUUCAGGGGAGUGGACAACUCCAGCUGAACUGAUGAAUCUUGGCACCUGAUACAAGGCUCAGCUUCUGAUAUGAAGAAGGAUAUAGAGUCUUUAAUAGCCCAGGAAAAAGCAGAAAUCGUCGCCAAGUAUGAGAAGGGCAGACAGGAAGGAGCUCAGAUUGACCAGUGGGAAGAUGCUGAUUUCACACUCUACAAAGUUACAGACCGGUUUGGAUUCCUGCACGAGCAGGAGCUGCCAACCCGUACCGCCUUGGAGGAGAAGCAAAAACAGCAGGAAAUAGAACGUGUGGACAAGUGGCUUAAGAUGCUGAAGAAAUGGGGCAAAUACAGAAACAGUGACAAGAUGUGCCGGCGUGUGUAUAAAGGGAUCCCGCUUCAGGUGCGAGGCCAGGUCUGGUCACUUCUGCUGGAUGUCGAGAAGAUGAAGAAAGAGAAUGAAGGAAAGUAUGAGCAAAUGAAAGAACAAGCGAAGAGUUUUUCAUCGGAAAUCAAGCAGAUAGAUUUGGAUGUUAACCGCACCUUCCGAAACCACAUAAUGUUUCGGGAUCGCUACGGUGUGAAGCAACAGGCACUCUUCCACGUCCUGUCAGCAUACUCAGUUUAUAACACUGAAGUGAGCUACUGCCAAGGGAUGAGCCAGAUUGCAGCCAUCCUCCUGAUGUACUUGAACGAAGAGGAUGCUUUCUGGGCACUGGCACAGCUGCUUACCAACCAGCGCCACGCCAUGCAUGGUUUUUUCAUUCCUGGGUUCCCGAAGCUGCAGAGGUUUCAAGCCCAUCAUGAGCAAAUUUUAAACAAACUGUUCCCCAAACUGAAGAAGCACAUGGACAAGGAGCAGAUGACUACUGGGAUUUACACAACCAAGUGGUUCCUGCAGUGUUUCAUUGACCGGACUCCAUUCACUCUGACCUUGCGGCUGUGGGAUAUCUACAUCCUGGAAGGGGAGCGGGUGCUGACAGCCAUGGCUUACACCAUCCUCAAACUGCACAAAAAGCGUUUGCUGAAGAUGACACUGGAAGAUUUACGUGAAUUUCUGCAGGAGAAAAUUGCUGCUUCCCUGCAGUACGAGGAUGAUGCUGUCAUUGAGCAGCUGCAGGUGUCAAUGACUGAACUGCGCAAGAUGAAAUUUGACCUGCCCCCACCAGCAAAGCCUGAGGAGUUUCCAAGGAAACCCCUGGGCCUGGAGCUCUCCCUCAACCCAGUAGCCAUAAAGGAAAACGCAGCAGCAAAUGGCCAGAAUGGCCGGGUGGGUGAGCACACUCCAGACAGGGAGCCCCAUCCCCACAGAGUUCCUGGCACACCAGGAGGAGUGACAGUGGUGGAAGCGAGGAUUCCAGCCUUCCAGGGUAGUGAAGCAGUUGAAGCAACGAACGUGCCUGUUUUGGGUGGGCGGCCACUGGAUGAGGAGGGUCAGGUGGAGCGCGUCGUGGAUGGGCAGCCAUCAUCUCUUCUGAAGGCAAGCGAGAUGCAGGCCCAGCAACACCUCCUGCCCACGGUCCUGCCUCCAGAGCAGCCUCUUCUUGCUCCUGGCUGUGUCGUGGUGGACCAUGGAGUCUCCCUCCAUGCCCCAGAUGAGUAUAGCUCCUUAGAUUCCUCUCUCCAAAACAGGCCGGGUCCUCCUGACUCCAGCACCGCUGAGCUUUCCGCUAUGGACCAGGCAGUGUGGGAGCCAAAUCCCACUGUCCUGCCAGCAGAAGAACAGGCAUCUUCCCUGGGCAGAGACGCAGUGCUCCAAGCAGCCCCCCAUCCUCUGCCAGCCGGCUGCCGGCGGCUCUCCUGCACAUCACAGAGCGAUGGCUCCCCUGAGAGCGAGCGCGGGGAGGAGGCUGCGGAUGACAGGCACUGCAGGGCGGUGCUGCCGGACAAAACGGGCCUGAAGUGCUCGGCAUCCAAAGCUGCAUCCACGGGAGAGCUCCUCAGCCUGCAGCACAACGGGCUGGGCAGUGCCACCGGCACCACGCGCUGGCCCGAGGCCGUGCUGCCUGCGCAGAGGCGGGCAGGGGGCAGUGUGCCCAUCUUGUCCAGCAGAGAGCCGGAGGCAGCAGGGCCGGCCGAGGGCUGCCCCGCCCAUCGGGCACCGUCCCCUGUGGUGGAAGGGAACAGCCCCUACGUCGUUGUCAAAACCACCACUCCCCUCCACCUGGCCCAUGCGACAGAGCAGGACUUCUUGAACAGAAAGCAGGUGGCAUUGCCUCUGACAGAGACUGGACAUCCCCUGCCUACCACCUCCAUGCUGCCACCUCUUACGCCAGACCCAGAGGAGGCAGAGGUCCAGAAAAGCCUCCAGAAACCAUUAAAUGCACUGAAAGCCCCAAGACCCCCGUUGAGCCCCAAACCAAAAUUACUGCCACAGGUUGCCAAAUCCCACUCAGAGAACAGUUUCCUUUCAGGCUCUUCAUCCCUGGCAAAGCUGCCCAAAUCAGUGACAUUCUAGUCGGGAUGGGGAAGGGGAAGUUAAGGGAGAAGAAGUGGCUUCUGGAAAAGUACCCUUGCCCCAUCUACAGGAUCCCCUUCUGUCAGCAGGGCUGUUGGGGUGACAGCACAGCACCAUCGCACGUCAAGCUGUGCUUUGGUACGAGCACCCAGUGAGGAGACAAAGCGGUGGCCACCAGCGCUAGGAGUCACCAGCAGAUUGGAUUUGCAUGUUUCCUAUGGACAAAUUGGAAAAUGCUUUCAUUUUUUGUUCCUCAAAGCUCCCCAAGCUUCAUCACUUGGGGGAAGAGGCAGGGCUGGUGAGUUUGUUGCUUGUUUUCUCCUGCUCCUGUCUGCUGUGGAAACCCAUGACCAAGCAAGCAGGCAUAAGGUGUUGGAGUCCGAGAUGCUUUCUUUCAAAUGCCCUAUCGGCGCAGCCACAGCAUUGCUUUCAAAGGCCUUUGUAGCAAUAGAUCUUUAUUUCAUUUCCCAGACCUGCAGUUGUAGGCAGCAGAAUUUCCAGGCAGUGCUAUGGCAUCCUGGCAGGACACAGGCAGCCCGCUGCCCCCUCUAUGCAAUUCCACAGAACAGUGCCCAGCUGUAUCUGGCUCCUGCUGCUGUGGUAGAUGGUGUUCAGGAGGACAGAUUUAACAGCUGCUGAGUCCCUGGGACAUCUCCUUGGUGUCACCCUGGGGGCUGCCAGCAGUGGUUCUUUCCCAAGUUCUCAAGGUGACAAGGACAAGUGAUGAAGGUGGAUCCUGGUCUCGGGCUGAGUGCCCUUUCUGCUGGCCUUUCCUUCGCAGGGCCAGUGCGGCGAGCGGGCUCGCUGCCUUUCUGUCCCCAAACAGGAAAAGGGGCUGCUGGCUUGGGAAACCUGCCUGCGCUACCAAGCUGCUGGAGGUGUGAGGGCAUCUAAUCAUAGUGCCCCAGAUAAGUCCACUUUUGCUUUGAAUAAGUUAAGUGUCAGAGUGGAAGGGACCUAGGAAUUGAGGAAGAGGGAGCACAUUGCCCACAGCCUGAUCUUAGCCCUUCUGAUUGAGCCCACACAGGGGCUUCCUUGAGUAAGGAAACUUGGGCAUGAUGGGUGCCCACAUGCCCCCUUGACCUUCACACACCAAGUCCUAGAGGUCCAUCUCCUCCCCAUCCCAGGGUGCUGCUGCUGCACAGCCCAGGCCAUUGGCUGGAGGUGUGCAGGGGUCUGGGGAGACACAUAGAAAGAGCUGGUCCAAAAUUCUGGUUCCAGCAUGUACUUCAUCCCUAGAGGUGAAGGGACUUCAUCAGGAAGGCAGAUCAUUGAAAAAGCAGGAGGUAGUCCAGAUAUGCUGGAUUUGACUUUGCUGCCCAGAAGGGGUAUCUGCAAGUGCUACCUUAGGUGGGACUGCAAGUGUGAUUUUCAUUCCUUCAACAGAGAUCCUGGGCAAAAGCUCCUUUAAGUUCUAAGGAGACUCUGAAUACUAUUUUUUUAUCUCAUAGGCUGCUUCAAUUGCAUAACCUGAUCUAAAGCCUACCUGAAAGCCCAGCAGAAAACUUCCAUUAAAUUACUUUGUGGGUUCCAGGAGCUGGAUUUUAUGAUCCUGGUGGAUCCCUUCCAACUCAGCAUAUUCUAUGGUUCUAUGAUUUAUAGGGGUUUAUUUUGCCUUGUGUACGUGUGGUGGUUUAUGUUUGCAGCAGGGAGUGUCAAAGGGAGCACUGGAUCUUUGUUUGGAUGUAGCCAGCCAGACCACAGCACCCUCAGCUUUCAUUGGAACCCCAGCUCUGUCCCAGGCCCCAUCUUCCACUGAGCCUCCAACCUUGCCCAUCCUCUCCCUCUGCAGAGCAGGGAUACCCCUAUUAGCUACCUCGCAGGGUGUUGUGAGGAGUCAAACAUUGCUGUUUGAGGAAAAGUGCUCUUUGAAUGUUCAGUAUUUGUGUUUUGAGACACCACAGGUCCUUUCUAGGACAAUGGUGCUUGAAUUGUUUUUCAUUUAGAGUAUGUUUUCAGUAACUGUGCAUAGUUAAACGUAUUUGUGUGCUAAAAUGCCUGAGCAGUAUUUCAGGACAGAUAUCCAUUGCCUUUUGCUAGCAGCCCACUGGCCACAGGAGCUCACUGGGAAGCAACAAGAAGCAUCUGAGAGCUGUUGGUCACAUCUUGGCUUGGCUUCUGUAGCUUGGGCGCUCUGUCCUCUCCUUGAAGCCCACAUAAGAUUCCUUCUAAUGCAUCUUGAGCAUCACGCAUGCAAGAGCUGAGACUUCUUUCCCCUUGUUUUAACCCCUUUUUCCUCAUUUUAGGCACAAAGCCUUUGCACAUCACGUUGCUUGUGCACCUGGACUCCUCACGUGGUGUGUGUCUGGGAUGUUUUGCAGUAUUAACAUUUAGAAAGGUGGUUUGUUUUAAUUUUGGAGAGCUGUCAAAUGCACUGUAUUCAUUGCAUGGCAUUUGGUUCAUGAUAUUCAACCUGAAUUGUGACAGGACAAAGGGUGGGGGUUGUCCUUCCCUCCAAGCUCUAGUGGGAAUGAGCAGCAAGGUCCUCAGUCAUCUUCAGGCCUGUGGAACCACCAGCCAUGUGCAUUGCUGUCCUUGGUGUGAUGCUCUCACUUGAAUACAUCAAUACAUGAUCCCUAAGGAGAUGCCCACUCCCGUCUCCUCCUCUGCCUCUUGCUGCAGACAAAGCUGCAGCCAUGGUGGGUCUGUGGCAGCAAGACCUGGCUCAGCCUCAGCUCUUUUGCCGAAUUUUGGGAAUAGGAAGGGAAAGAGAAGAAUGAGGGUGGCAGCUCAGCAAGACAAAUUACCUAAUGCAAGCCACCUGCAGCCCUGCCCAGCCCCCUGCAACAGUCUCAACCCCUCAGCAAAAACUGCUCUUACUAUGAGCAAAGGUGGGAAAGCAGCUCCCCCCAUCCUUGCUCUUGCAGCCCUGAGACAACGCUGGCCUUGCUGCCUUCCAUGUAAAGGUAAAGACCAAUGCUGUGGGUUUGGGUCUUUUAGGUUUAGUUUUUCUUUGUGUUGUUUGUUUGUGAUAGAGCACUUUGAGUGGCUGCAGCACUGGCAGGCAGCAGGAGCCACAGGACCCAGCUCCAGCAGGGGCCAGAGGUUUCUUGGCCAUGCACUUUGAGAGCCUGGCUACCAUCUGCUUUCCUUUUUAUUUGCUAUUCUUGUUUACAGCAUGGAACGCUUCUUCCAUGACACUUUCUAAUGUAUUGUAAUUAUUACUUUUAAGAAAAAAACAUUUUUAUGUCUGC